UUAAAUAGCAGGCACGAUUAUGUCAGGCUGUUUACUGAAGCUGAGCAGCUGAGCAAAGAGACCUUUCUCAAGAUGGGCAACAGUAAAAGCAGUGCUCUUUCUAAAAACCUACUGGAGGACCUAAAGUCCAACACUACAUAUACAGAAGAGCAGCUUUACGCCUGGUAUCAGGCCUUUCUGAAAGAGUGCCCGAGCGGAUGCAUCAGCAGGGAACAGUUUGAGGGCAUCUACGCCAGGUUCUUUCCCGAUGCGAACCCGAAGGCCUACGCCCAACACGUGUUCCGAAGUUUUGACUCGGACAGCAAUGGCACACUCGAUUUUAAAGAGUAUAUUGUGGCACUGCAUCUCACUUCCUCCGGGAAGACUAUCCAGAAGCUCGAGUGGGCUUUCGCCUUGUACGAUGUGGAUAAGAACGGCAGCAUAACGAAAAAUGAGAUCAAUGAAAUUGUCAAGUCAAUAUUUAACAUGAUCUCCAAAGAGGACCAGAAAAACCUCCCUGAUGAUGAAAACACUCCUGAAAAAAGAACAGAAAAAAUCUGGAACUUUUUUGGGAAAAAUGAAAAGGAUAAAAUUACAGAAGGAGAGUUCAUCCAGGGAGUGAUGGACAAUAAGAACAUCCUCAGACUGAUCCAGUUUGAUGAGCCUCAGAAGAUUCAAAACAGACUCAAACAAAAGAAGCAAUAGUGUUUGCAGUGUUGUCUGCCCAAGUUUCAAAUUUUCAGUUUUUAAUUGAUGAAUUUUUAUGAUUUUUUUUUUGUUUUCUGUUUUUCUGUCCAUUAUUUAUGACAACACAUUACCAUUCUUUACUAAAUAGAUUGCCACACUCAAAUGUAUGAAAUGUUAUGUUUAUUAUAUUGAUCCAAAUCAUUUAUAACAACAUUUAUAUGAACAGACACAAGGCUGAAAAUUGUAGAUGAAUACGGAUGUUUGUAUCAAUUAUACACUAUACAAAAAAAAACAAACAAAAAAAAAAACACUUUACGUGGCUCAAUCAUGAAAAUAAGGUAGGCUACAGUUUGUCCAUUA